AUGUAUUUCCAAGUCUGGCUUGCCUUCACCAUGGGGGUAUUGCUGAGCUGUGUUCUUCAGACAUCUGCCCUUCUGCAUCCUUCAUCUCGCAACUGCACAAGCGAUGGGCAAAUAUCCUUCAGUCACUCCUACAAGAUUGACCUGCCUGAAUCCUCCCAGAUUAAGGUGGGAGCAGAUCCAUCGCAGCUUGAAAACGGCAGUGGUGUGCAGCUAGAUCCUGGGGAGGUCAAGGAAUAUGAAGAGCAGAAUAUAAUCUUUAGGCACAAUAUCCGUGUGCAUGCACCCAAAGGAGACUGUGAAACUUUGAGCCACAUUAAGGAUCUGCUUGAAAGGAUGGAGAAGCUUGAGAAAGAGAUGGCAGAGCUGAGAGAAGUUUGUAGCCCUCAGAGGUGCUGUGGAGGAAGCCAUGGCGUCUCACAUUGCAGUGGCCAUGGGACCUUCCUUCUUCAGACCUGCAGCUGUGAGUGUGAGGAGGGCUGGGAGGGCAGCGACUGCUCCCACCCCACCUGCCCCAGCCACUGCAGUGCUCGUGGGCACUGUGAUGGUGGCAAGUGUGUCUGUGAUGAGCCUUACUUUGGGGAGGACUGCAGCCAGCAGCUCUGCCCUGAGAACUGCAGCAGCAACGGGGUCUGCGACACAGCCCGAGGGGUCUGCCAGUGCUAUGAGGAGUUCAUCGGAGAGGACUGCAGUGAGAAACGAUGUCCCCAGGACUGCAGUGGCAAUGGGUUUUGUGACACAGGAGAGUGCUACUGCCACGAUGGCUUCUUUGGCCUUGACUGCUCCCAGGUGCUUGCUCCUCAGAAUCUGCAGCUGCUGAACUCCACAGAGAGUUCUCUGGCUGUCAGCUGGGACCCAAUGAUUGAUGUGGAUAAGUACCUCAUUAGCUAUUAUCCACUAGGCUAUGAGAGGUUGGUGAAACAAGUCUAUGUGCCCAAAGAGCAGCUCAGCUAUGAUAUCGGGGGUCUCCACUCUGGCACCACAUACAACAUCACACUUCAUCAUGUCAAGAAGGGGAUUACCAGUGAGCCCCAGUAUCUAGAAGCAGCUACAGUCCUGUCUGUACUCAGUGCCGUCUGGGUAACGGAGGAGAUGGAGCACUCCCUGGAAGUGGAGUGGGAGAACCCACCAACAGAUGUGGAUUACUACAAGCUGAAGUUCAGAUCCUUGGUGGCGAUGGAUGAGAAACAGGUCACGGUGCCUAAAAGCAAUGAUCCUAAGAGCAGACACAUCAUGACCGGUCUGAAACCCGGCACAGAGUAUGAGGUCACUGUCAUACCUGUGAAGGACAAUGUGGAGGGGGAACCAUCCUCAGUGAGUGGUAGGACUGGAGUUGAUAGCCCAACCAAUGUGACCACCAACCAAGUGACAGAAGAUACAGCCACUGUUUCCUGGAAUAAAGUUGAAGCUCCCAUAGAGAGGUACAUGGUGAGAUACACCUCAGCUGAUGGGGACACCAAGGAAGUAGAGGUGGGGAAUGAAAAUGACACCAUCAUCUUGCGGGAUCUGAAGCCAGGCAUGGAAUAUGUCAUCCAUGUCUGGGCAGAGAAGGGGCCCCAGAAGAGCAAGGCGGCAAGCACCAGGGGUGUGACAGAAAUCGACAGCCCAACUGAUCUGGUUGCUGACCAAGUGACAGAGGAUGCAAUUACUGUUUCUUGGAGCAAUGUCCAGGCUUCAAUAGACAGAUACAGAGUAAGCUACACCUCAUCCAGUGGGGACACACAGGAGAGAGAAGUGGAGGAAGGCAAGAAUGUCACUACCUUGGCAGGACUGAAGCCAGGCACGGAGUAUGCCAUUUACAUCUGGGCAGAAAAGGGAGAACAACAGAGCAAGAGGGCCACCACUGAGGCUGUGACAGAAAUCGAUAGCCCGGUUCACCUGCUGACUGACCAAGUGACUGAGGACACAGCCACCAUCUCCUGGGACAGGGUCCAGGCUCCCAUAGAUAGGUACAUGGUGAACUACACCUCCGUUGAUGGUGACACAGAAGAAAUAGAAGUGGGAAAAAAUGAGACUGCCAUGACUUUGGCAGGACUGAAACCUGGCAUUGAAUAUAUAAUCUUCCUCUGGGCAGAGAAAGGAACCCAGAAGAGCAAGAGGAUCAGCACCAAGGCAGUGACAGAGAUUGAUCCUCCCAAGAACCUGCGUGUAUCAGAGGUGACUCCUUCCACUGGCAUGGUUACCUGGACUCCUCCUGCAGCACAGAUUGAUGGCUAUGCUCUGACCUACCAGGGUCAGGAUGGCACAAGCAAGGAAGUACAGCUGGGUCCUGGCAAGCAACAGUUUGUGCUGGAAGGACUGGAACAAGGAAUGGAGUAUACUGUCUUUGUGAUGGCCUAUCAGGGAGACCACCAGAGCAGAAAGAUAGACAGUACCUUCUCAACAGCUGGCCUCCUCUUCCCAUACCCUGCGGACUGCAGCCAGACACAGCAGAAUGGGAAUGCCACCAGCGGUCUCUACACCAUUUACCUCAACGGGGAUGGCAGCAGGCCACUGCAGGUGUACUGUGACAUGACCACGGAUGGAGGUGGCUGGAUAGUGUUUCAGAGGAGGAACACUGGCCAGGUGGAUUUCUACAAGCGCUGGAAAAAUUAUGUGGAAGGCUUUGGAGAUCCCACUGGGGAGUUCUGGCUUGGUCUUGACAAGUUGCACAACCUCACAAGCAGCAGCCCCAUCCGCUAUGAGCUGCGGGUGGAUUUGCAGACAGCCACUGAAUCCGUCUAUGCUGUCUAUGACUUCUUCCAGAUUGCCUCGAGCAGGGACAGAUACAAGCUGUCAGUGGGGAAUUACAGAGGCAAUGCUGGGGAUGCAAUGACCUACCACAAUGGCUGGAAGUUCACUACGUGGGACAGAGACAAUGAUGUGGCUCUCAGCAAUUGUGCUCUGACCCAUCAUGGUGCAUGGUGGUACAAGAACUGCCACUUGGCCAACCUCAAUGGAAAAUACGGGGAGAGCAAGCACAGCGAGGGUGUGAACUGGGAGCCAUGGAAAGGCCACGAAUUCUCCAUCCCUUUUACUGAGAUGAAGAUCCGCCCUCAAUCUUCCAGAACUGAGCCAGUCCUGGGGAGGAAGAAGAGGACUCUCUCAGGGAAGAGGAUGAAAAUUGGGGCUUAAAUCAAAGUCUGUGCAGGACAGUACCCAAAGAUGAUUUGGUAUUUCUUAACAAAGAUUCAGAUGGCUUUCUCCAAUAUGUUGGAGGCAAUUGCUGAUAAAUGUGCACACAGAGACCUCUAGAUCUGCAGCCCACCCUCCUUGCCAGCCUUU